CGGCAUUGCAAAUCUUGAAUUGCAAUGCAGAGGGAGGCGAUCAGGUCUUCUGAAAGUAGUAGUCGAUUUGAUCGUAGGCGCUCGUUGAGGUUUUUGCUAUCUAUCACAAUGCUGUCGAAAGUGCUUUGCUGCCCAAAUCCAGAAGUGCUGCUUGUGGGGCCUCUACGGGCAGCCAGGAGGCCCUCUGAAAAGCCUCUAGACCUGAAAGACUGUUUUACUCUCAGAAACUGUCAGCCGUCAGGGCACCGCCAAAGACACCAUUCAAAAAGUCGGUCGCUGCACCGUGGCUUAAGCACUGGCGGAAGCUCAUUUGCUGGAGCACUACACCAAUCAGUGCGGAACCUGAUAUCAAAGCACCGGCGUGUUCUUUCGUUUGCAUCUGAUAUUAGCCCUGGCAAGAAGCUGAGAGAAGUGGGAACCUCAGUCACACCACCAUUUCAAAGAAGUCUUGCACGCCGGACUGCAAUCAGCGCUGGUGCCCUUCUAGCGCUUGGCCUUGCUGCGGGAGUUGUUGCCGCCACGGCCAUGGCGGCCUCCAGUCGAGGGGAUCGACCACAGGCCAGCCGGGCAACAUCGCUGGGGAUGCAAAAGUUCGUCAAGGGGGAUGUAGCUGGGUCACUGGCGGAGUUUGACAGAGCUCUUCAAUUGGACAGUUCCAUGAGACCAUAUUUGUGGCAACGAGGGCUUAGCUUAUAUUACCUGAAAGAAUUUGAAGAAGGGGCGAAGCAGUUCCGAGAUGACGUAGCUGUGAACCCCAAUGACACAGAAGAGUCAAUUUGGUGCUACCUCUGCGAAGCUCAGUUGUAUGGACCGGAAGAAGCUAGGAAGCGAUUUCUCAAGGUCGGAGUGGACAGCCGACCUGUUCUCCGGGCAGCCCAGGAAGUGUUUCAAACAGGGCGGGGAGUGGAAAAGCUAGAAGAGAUGGCCCGAGCAGACCCCAAUGGGCACCAGGGCUUCUACGCGAACCUGUACAUUGCUCUCUUCCACGAGUCAGAGAAAGAUGCGGACGAAGCUCAGCGCGCCAUGAUCAGAGCGGUAAAGACGGUGUACGGCACAAAGUCCGGGGACUAUAUGGCGAAGCUGGCAGCUGUCCACUGUCAAAUUCGGGGCUGGACCUUGUAGGCUCUUGGUGGCAGGCGGCAGGGCUGCAAUGUAUAGAAGCCUCAUCUGACUCACCCUGUGGCCUUAUAAUGCCGAAUUAAGUCACAGGUAUCCAAGUCUUUGCUGCCUCCGCCAUGGAAAAGCUAGCAUUGGCUUCAAAGUUUGAUUGAUGCAUCCAUCAAUGUCCAUA